AUGGGUAGAGUACGAUUUGACCGGAUCUUACCACCAUCUGUUCUUGCCCCUAUCCACCUUCACAAAGGGUGUCGCUGUGCCGUACAAUUACCCGAGGCGACGGAGUCCCCGUCGAGCCCCCGACAAUCGUGGCCGACAGCGACGCAUCUGACCGUCCCCCAGACUCUCCUCCUGCCGCCGAAUGGCGCGGCUGCUCCACGGCUUCUCUGCAGUCGCGUCGAGCACGCGAAGCGCGUCGUCGUUCGACUCAACCAGGUUCACCAACGACGAGGAAAGCGUCCAGAUCGCCAUGAUGUCUACAAUAUACCGCGGCGCGAGAGACGUCGUAGUGUAGCCGAGCUAGACGUGAACGCCGAAGACUUCGGACGGAACCUCCUGCCCAACCGGAGUAUCGGACAAGGGUCUUCGUGA